AUGCGUCGGCUAGAGACCGCCUUGCAGCGGUAUGCGUGGGGCAAGAGUGGUUCGGAUAGCAUGGUGGCACAGCUCAAAAAGUCCGAAGACUCAGAUUUCGACGUGGACGAAGGCCAGACGUACGCAGAGCUCUGGAUGGGGACGCAUCCGAACGGCCCGAGUCGUGUCAUGCGCGACGGGCACGAGGGCACCGACGAGCUGCAAGGGUUGUACGGGUCAGCAGAGGGCCCCGGCAUGUUUCUGAUCGAGCUGCUGGAGACUCACCCGCACUAUCUGGGAGACCAGGAGCACGUGGGAGACCUCCCCUUCAUGUUCAAGGUCCUUUCCAUCAACAAGGCGCUUUCGAUCCAGGCCCAUCCCGAUAAGAAGCUCGCGGAACGCCUGUACGCGACGCGGCCCGACCUGUACAAGGACGACAACCACAAGCCCGAGAUGGCCGUAGCGCUCUCGGACUUCGAGGGGCUCUGCGGCUUCCGGCCCUUCCGAGAGAUUGGCAAGUAUAGUACCAUGUAG